AUGGAACCACUUCCCGGCUCCAAGGCGGUCAACGGCAUCGACGAGUACAUCUGGAACCACACAUUCGUAAUAACGACUGAGCGGCUUGUCGUCGGGAAAGGUGUCUUGAUCAUGGUAUUCGAUUCCCUGGCCAUGAUGGCGUCUCUUCCCAUGUACGAUUAUGACAAAAGUUCAUAUAAAAGAUUCUUAGACAUUUUCAUGCUCGGAAGCCACCUUUAUAUACCUGAACAAUACGAAUUUCCAGGCAACAGCAAACAUGGCCCUUGCGCCGACAGCAGCAGCUGCCAGUACGAGCUCGCUACCUGGUAA